AUGACACUCAGCCACACCACGCCACAAACUACACCCAUCAACACCACACCAAACGUCACACCCGACCACACUACACUACAUAUCACACUGAAGCUCACCACACAUCACACCCAGCCUAAUAACCACACACCACACACUGCCACAGCACUCCACACAUCAUACUCAGCCACACCAUACCACAUGACACCCACCCUGCCACAUCACACCUCACACCACAACCAGCUACACCAAACCUCACAUGACACCCAGCCACACCACACCCGGCAAAACCAAACAGCACUCAACCACACGACAGCACCAAUGACACCCACCCACACCACAUUACACGUUGCUCCCAGCCACACCCAGCCACACCACAUCACAUAUUACCACGCCCUGCUACACCAUCCUGCCACAUCACACCCAGUCACACCAUACCUCACACCACACCCAGCAACGCCACGAAACACAUCACACCCAUCUACACCACACCUAGUCACACCACACAACACACCACACCCAGUCACCACACCCCUCACAUCACACCCACCACACCCCACCAGACAGCACACCAAGUCACACCUCAAACACUACACCUCAUAUCACACACCCAAUAACACCACAGCACACACCACACCCAACCACACAACACAUCACAUCACACCAAGCAACACCACGUCACACAUAACAUUCAACCACAUCACAUCACACAUCACAUCCAGCCAUAUAAUCACACACCACACCCAGCCACAUUACACCACACACCACAUCCAGCUACACCACGCCACGCCACACACCACAUCUAGCCCCACAACACCACACCCCACACCCAGCCACACCCCUCCACACAUCAUACCCAGUUGUACCACACCACACAGCACACCCUACCAUGCCACACCAAGUCACAUCACAGCCCACACUACACCUAAGCACACCUCACUACGCCACACAUCACAGUCAGUCACACUACACCACACACCACACCAAGCCAUGUCAGACCUAUCACUAGACCCAGCCACACAGCACUACACCACAUACCACACCCAACAACACCACACCACACGUCGCAUCCAACCACGCAACAACGCACAUCACAUCCAGUAA